AUGGAGAAGAAUAUCGCAGAAGAAAUUAGCGAAAAGGUGGGAAACAUGGAAUUGGACUGCAGUAUCUCUGAUGCAUCAUCUUCCCCCGGUGUCCGUGGACUAAGUAUAACCGUUGAUCCUUCUUUUGUCCGUGGAAUAAGUAUAACCGUUGAAAAUAUAUUCCAUCAGAGGUACUGCAAGGCAGGAUCUGUAACGACUGGGGCGAUUGCUCCGCUGCCCCAGAGGAUGAGGAAGGACCCCCCAUCUUUGGCUUUUCUUUUCGGAGGAAAAGAGGUUAUGGUAGUUGUUAAUCAUUCAGAACCAGGUUUUCACCCAAACUUUGUUAAACUUCACGAUCACCUGAUUGUCACUCUUACUGGGGAGAAUGUUGAUGUGCUGAAAGAUCUUGAAAACAGGGACUGGUCUGUUUGGUCUGUUGAUGAAGCUGCAUGGUGGGUGAAGAGAGCGAUGUGUCUUACUGCCGCAUGUGCUAUUGAUGGUGAUACUUUUUUCACUGGACCGGAGGGUGUGAAGAAUGUCAUCCCCGACGCAUAUGUGGAAGCAUUUGCACGGAGAUUCGGCUUCUGCUUAGGGAAGAGGAUAAUGGUCGGAAGGAAAAAAGCUUUGCGGCAACGAUUUACAUUGUGA